AGAAAAAAAUAAAUCAUAAUUCACAAAUCCAAAUUCAUACCAUAAAAAUAAAAAUAUUUGAAAAAUAAAUAAAAAAUCAAAAUCUGCUCCUUCCAUUUCCAGUCUCUCCCUAUAUAUUCCUCACACCAGACUCCACAAAACCUUCUCUUCUUUUCUCUUUAUACAUUUCUGAAAAGAAAAAAGAAAAAAAAAAAACCUCCUUUUCUCUUACUAGAAUAUAUGUAUAAAUUUCAAUUUGUUUGGUAACUGAAUUUGCAUUAGCUGAUCAAAAAUUAUAACACCAAUUGAAAGGGGAGGGCAUAUUGUAGAGGAGGAUGAGCAUGCCCUCUGUUUUAAUUCUUAUUGUGCCUCCUCUCAGAUCUUAAUUCUUUGUUUUUUUGACGAGAUUUGGCAUCUGGGUUUUUCUUAAAUCGGUGCGUUUAGUUGGAUUUUGGAUUUGGAUCUCAGCAAAAUAUGUUUGGUUCAUUGCAAGUUGGUCGGUUGAUUGAUCGUUCAAGGAUCUGUUAGUUUUUGUUUUUCAUCCAACAAAAUAUACCGAGUUAUUUAUUUAUUAGAAUUGUUCAAAUAAGUGUAAUCAACACAAAUUAUCAGAAUCGAAGGAAUUGAAAGCGGGUGGUGAUCUUUAAGCAGGAGAUAUUAAAAAGAAAAUGCAAUCUGAUAAUGGCAAGCUAUUCAUUGGUGGAAUUUCGUGGGACACCAAUGAAGAGAGACUUAAGGAGUAUUUUGGUUCAUUUGGGGAGGUGGUGGAAGCUGUGAUAAUGAAAGAUCGAACCACGGGACGUGCCCGUGGAUUUGGUUUUGUUGUUUUUGCUGACCCAGCUGUUGCAGAGAGAGUCAUUAAAGAAAAGCACAACAUUGAUGGUAGGAUGGUUGAGGCAAAAAAGGCUGUUCCCAGGGAUGAUCAGAACAUUCUGAAUAGAAACAGUGGCAAUAGCAUUCAUGGUUCUCCUGGCCCAGGACGCACGAGGAAGAUAUUUGUUGGAGGUUUGGCAUCCACGGUUACCGAAACUGAUUUUAGAAAGUAUUUUGAACAGUAUGGGACAAUAACAGAUGUUGUGGUGAUGUAUGAUCACAACACCCAGAGACCAAGGGGAUUUGGAUUCAUUACAUAUGAUUCAGAAGAGGCAGUGGACAAAGUUUUGAUGAAGACUUUUCAUGAAUUGAAUGGAAAAAUGGUUGAAGUUAAGCGAGCAGUUCCCAAAGAGUUAUCUCCUGGUCCUAGUCGCAGCCCACUUGGUGGAUAUAACUAUGGUUUGAGUAGGGUUAAUAGUUUCCUUAAUGGCUACACUCAGGGGUAUACUCCAAGUACAGUUGGUGGCUAUGGACUUAGGAUGGAUGGUAGAUUCAGUCCAGUUUCCGGUGGCCGAAGUGGGUUUCCUACAUUUGGCACUGGUUAUGGAAUGGGUAUGAAUUUUGAGCCUGCAUUGAGCCCUAAUUAUGGAGGGAAUGCAAAUUUUAGCAACAAUCUCAAUUAUGGACGAGGAAUGAGCCCUUACUAUAUUGGUAAUACAAAUAGGUUUGCUAGUCCUAUAGGAUAUGAUGGAGGUAAUGGAGGAAAUAGCUCUUUUUUCAGCUCAGUGACUAGGAACCUGUGGGGAAAUGGGGGGCUCAACUAUAACUCUAACUCUGCAAGUUCCAAUGCAUACAUGGGAUCUGGGACUGUAGGCAUCGCUGGGAACAAUUUUGGGAACAAUGGAGUUAACUGGAGUUCUUCAACCCUCUCAGCACAAGGUGGAGGGAACAAUGCUUCUAACAACCUGAAUUUUGGGUACGGGGGUGGCGAAAACAGUUUUGUUUUGGGGACUGGUGGAUAUGGAAGAAACAAUGGGAACAAUUUGGCUACAAGUUCAUCAUAUGCUGCAUCAAAUGGUAGUUUUGAUGGAGCCUUUGCGGAUAUUUACAGUGGAGGGUCGGAUUAUGGGGAUCCCACUUGGCGAUCAUCAAACACUGAGCGAGAUGGAUCUGGAUCUUUUGGUUACAGUCUUGGCAAUCCCACCUCUGAUAUUCCAGUAAAAAAUUCUCCUGGUUAUGUUGGUGGUUAUAGUGUUAAUAAGAGACAGUCAAAUAGAGGAAUUGCUGCUUAGGAGGAUCGUUUUGGUUAUCAUGAUAUUGUAGGUGAAGAUAAUCUGGUGAAAAGCAGGUGAACUGUGAAUGAUGCACAUCCCCCACAAUACGUUUCAGUUAAAAGAAAAAUUGGUUAUCUAGAGCUAACUGCAAUGCCUGUUUUGAACAGUUAAAUUUAGGGAUAGAAGUUAUAAGGGAUUUUAUUUUAAGGUUUGAGUUCUGAGUUACAAUUUUAGGUUUUUCAGUUUUUGGUAUUUGAGUGAGAUGUAAAAUCAGCUUGCGGGAUAUAGUCAGAAAUGUAUCAUGCAUCUCUGGUGAGGCAGCGAUACAAAAAAAAAAAAAAAAAAAAAA